AUGUCGCAAGCCAUCGAAGGCCGGGUGACCACCCCGCCUCCCAGACCCCGACAGAAACCUGGUGCCGCAUGUGAAGAAUGUCGACGGCGAAAGCUGCGAUGUGACCGUCGUCAACCACAGUGCGGACUAUGUGAAUCAUCCGGUGUGGAGUGUCAGGUUAUCACAGAGCGACCGUCUCGUGGGCCGAAGCGCGGAUAUCUUAAGGGGUUGCAGGCUCGCAUCGCUGCACUCGAAGGAGCCCUGCUGCAACAGCAGACUAGCACCAACCUUAACGGAUCAACCGACAGCCACCCUCUCAAUGCCCCCUUGCUGGAUGAGCAGCUCGACCUCUCCGGAUGGCAAUUGCCAAUCAUGGAUGACGAGGUUCCCUUGCAUAAUGUGUACGCUGCAUCCAAGACAAACAGCUCCUCGGGCACUCUCAUCACAGACGGAGGGUCGGUAGUAAAUUCGAUUUCCCCGCCCCAUAGAUACUCGAGUAUUCCGGAUGACCUGGCAAUGCAGGACAUCACUUCAUGUAUGAAACGCACGGAGAGUGUGGGUGACCUGUGUGAGCUGAAGCUUUCCGAUUUGAUGCAAGCAGACUUAGACCAACUAUAUUUCGAUCGAAUCCACCAUUUCAUGCCCAUCCAGCACCAGAAUCGUUACUUUUCAUGGCGACGACAACCCAUUAAGACAGAAGCCCAGUCCUGUUUACAAUACGCGAUAUGGACGCUCGCAGCGUCUGUAUCGGCUCCGUACGAAAACAUCGGGGACUCAUUAUAUCAACAUGCGCGACGCGGACUGGAGGCACUCGACUGCAAGAACACGAGCCUUGCCUCGACAGAUCUCGAGCAGGUCCAGGCCUGGCUCCUGCUAGCAAUCCAUGAACUUAUGGGCGUUGACUUUCGCCGUGGGUGGAUUAGCGCCGGACGAGCAUUUCGAUUAAUCCAGCUCAACUGGCUGCAUGGGACGGAUGGGACGCAUCUCACUCGCGUGCAGACGGACUGGAUCGAGUCAGAGCAGAAGAGAAGAACCUUUUGGAUGGCGUACUGUUUGGAUCGGUUUGUUAGUAUGCGAACGGGGUCACCGCCGACCUUUAGCGAAAGAGUAGCUAUACGCCUCCCGUGCUCCGAGGUCAACUUCCAAAACGACCAACCCAUUUUAAUGGGAUUUCUCGCCGAUGCCCUUGCUAGUAACACUACCCUUCCAUCGACCUUUACAGAGUGCAUCAUCGUCGCGACGAUCAGUGGCCGAGCACUCUCCCAUCGAAACCAGUGUCUAGUCGGCGACGUGUACUUUAGUGCAGCAGAGGACUUCUGGAAUCGCCAUCAGUGGAUCAACGCUAUCCUCGCCCAGCGCAUGGAUGCCUUUUCGGCAAAGUAUCCGCUGGACAUGCAACAUGCAGACCCAAUGCUGCUCUUCAUCAGUCUUAUGUGGCGGAUAAUCAUCCUUCAUCUGUACCAAACUAUGACCUGCGUGAUCCCAUCCAACGAUGAAAAGCGAGACUUCGUCAUGGAGUACAGGAAGCGGUCAUCCAUGGCAGCGCAGGACAUUGUGGAUUUAGCACAAAAGCUUUCACACCUGAACUCGUUGAAGGUGCAUCCUCUCACCCUUAUCCCGCUUUCACUCUGUGUGGAGUUUCUCAUGCUCUAUCACAAGCCUGGGGAUGCUUUUACGCAGCAGCUUCAGGAUAUCACAGAGGCCAUGCGCGGACUGAAGAGAUUCAAUAAUCUGGGCCAUGGGGUGCUGCAACUCUUCGAGGACCAGGCACUCACCAGUCCCAUUCAAGCCUCGACUGUAGAUUAA